UGUUUGUUUCCUAUGAAGAAGACAGUAAAGAGUUUUGUUUUCAGCCACUUUGUGUUUGCUUUUAGUGGGGACAUUUCCAGUUACAUACGGUUGCUUACCGUAGGUAAUAUCCUACCUACUGAUACUGCAGCACCCAACUGACACAGAAUCAUAAACGAAGAGGUGGCAUGGCGUCUCGCUUCCUCAAGUAUGCAGUGCUUCUUCAGAAGUACAGGACUCCGCUGAUUAUUGCGAGCUGUGGUGGGGUCUUUGCUGUCAACAUGUUCCACCAUGUCUUCCCUGAAGUGUCCUACCGUCAGCUCUAUCAGGCCUGGUUCAAAGGAGAACCGGUCACGCUGUCUGAAAAGCUUGAGGAUGUUUUCCAGCAGGUGUUGAAGGAUUAUGGUGUCAGCUCCCCCAAGAAUUUCUCUGCCUUCGCUUCCUUUGGGUUCCAUCCGGUUGGUGCUGGCGUCCCUUGGCUUUCAGGGGCCCAAAUUGGCAUCCCAGCAAACUUUAACAGCAAGUCCGAUGAUCCAAGCGGAAUCACCAACCGCACAAUUUUCAUCAACGGCAAAGCGGUGGAUUGGAGCAGUGAAACUGGCUCUGCGCUACAGGAGGCACUGGUGUUUUCCCUUGAGGCACAGAAGUUUGCCAUAGCACGAGAAGUGGCCCGCUUGCAGUCCGGAGGACCUGUUAUAAAUGCUGCUGUUGCCCCGUUCUGCCUGGGUGGGGUUUGGGUGUACAGCGUGCUAAUGAAGCAGUUGUUUGGGCUCCACGCUGGGCCUCCACUACUUCGCGGGGGCGUGAACAUUCUGGCACUGGGGCUCGGCGCCGUGUCCUACUUCCUCACCUCGGAUGCUGUCAGCCAGUGGAUUGACUAUAGCUCAGACCGGCGAGCGGCAGGAGUGUCCCGUGAUUAUGCCAAAGGAGGGGUGGAGUUUUACGAUAAGAUUUUGUCCAGAAACAAGACACUGCGCACCCUGAUGGGGCAGAAGGGAGAGGAGAUGUAUGCUCCGAGUGGUAACUUGUUUCCUGCUCACCUCCUUAAGAUGAAACACACACCAUACACAUCCAGGAGGGAAGGGAUCCUCACUCUGCUGAGAGAGCAAAAAGCUUGAAAAGAAUUCAGGGGGGGUGGAUGAGGUGGGUGUUGAGAAUUAAAGUGGAUGUCAUCUGAACCUAUAAUGAUAAAUGAAGUUGUGCUUAUAUUUAUAUAAACCGUUGAAAAAUAGCAAAGUGCUUGAGCAUUUUUGAGAACAAAAUAUGCCCCCGGGCAAAAGAAUUAAAAUAUACAAACUAAAUUAUUUUUCAUGGAAAUAUUUCAUCCCAUGUAGGCUGAAUGUUAUUUUGUACACCGUUUUAAUGAAUCCUGAAGGUUGAACGGUACAAAUUACAAGACAAAGUCUUGUAAAGUCGUGGGGUGUCAAAUAUGUAGUGGCCAGCAUGACUGGUGACUUAUUUAUCCAACAAAAGAUGAGAUUAAGGUGGUUACACGAUGUACAAAUAACCACUUUUAGACCUUG